GUGACGCCUCUUCCGCGGAACAGCGCUCACGCGAUGCUGGCCGUGCAGGUGCACCCCGAUGACAAGGAUCUCACCGAACAAAGGACGGUGCUCUGGCACUUCGACACGGCGCCUCCCAGCCCAGGAACCCCCGUGAUCCUGCUAUGCAAUCUCCCGAGCAUCAAGCAUCAGGGCAUCAUGUUCACGGCGGUGGUAUUAUGCAUGGACGACGACCUCCUCAUCCCCCCGCCGGAUGCCCCCAUCGGCGAGCUCGUGACGGUUAAGGGUCACCCCCCUACCCCCUCUAAGAACGAGAGGGCUGUCAGCAUGGUCUGGGAAAAGGUUCUCAACGAGGAGCUUUUCCAAGUGGGGGAUGACGAGGUUGUCCGGUACGAGCACAAGAAGACCCCUGGGCCCUUGAUGACUUCAAAGGGGCCGAUUAUGUGCACGUAAGCAAUGAUUGAAAGCAAGGC